AUGAAGACCGCCGCGCACCUCGAGAGCGUCCAGGAGCAGGUGAGCGGCCGCUUCCCCACCUUGACCCCCGUCCGUCCGUUCCGUCGUUCCCCGUCAUCGCAGCCGACGGUGGUGAUCAAGGUGGGCACCAGCAGCCUACUCCGCACCGAGGCGGGCACCCUCCACCUCUCCCAGAUAUGCACCCUGUGCGAGACCGUCGCGCGGCUCACACGCGCCGGGGUGAGGGUCGUCCUCGUCUCUUCCGGGGCGGUGGGAGCCGGGAUGUUCCGGAUGGGCCUCACCGAGAAGCCCCGGGAGGUGGCCAAAAAGCAGGCCCUCGCGGCGGUGGGCCAGGUGCACCUGAUGCGGUACUACGAGGACAUCUUCAACACCAUCGGCAUCAAGUGCGCGCAGGUUUUACUCACCCUCGAGAACCUCAGCAAUCGCAAGCAGUACGUUCGCGCCAGGAACACCUUCAACGCGCUCUUCGACAUGGGCGUGGUGCCGGUGGUGAACGAGAACGACUGCGUCGCCGUGGAGGAGCUCCGGUUCGGAGAUAACGACACCUUAUCCGCGCAGGUUGCGGCGCUGUGCGAGGCGCAGUGGCUCUUUUUGCUGACGGACGUGGACGGGCUGUACACGUCCAACCCAAACACCGACCCGGGCGCGAGACGGAUCGAGGUGGUUGAGAACAUCAACGAGCUCGACGUGGACGUGGGGGGCGCGGGUAGCAGCGUGGGCACCGGCGGGAUGGUCACGAAGCUCACCGCGGCGAGGAUCGCGUGCGCCGCGGGGUGCAAGACGAUAGUCUGCCUCAGCUCCAACCUCGAGAAGGACGUGGAGGCUUGCGUGCUCAGAGGCGAACCGGUGGGUACCGCGUUUCUACCCGCGAAGAUCGCGGCCAAGGGGAAGAAGAAGUGGCUCCUCGCGGUUCCGAUCCAGGGCGAGAUCGGCGUGGACCGCUCGGGCGCCAGCGCGGUGCUUCGGGGCAUGCCGCUGCUCACGUCGCACGUCACUCGGUGCGAGGGGAGCUUUCGCGUGCAGGAGUGCGUUCGCAUCGUCAACGAGGAUGGCCAGGAGAUUGCCCGCGGGUUGUGCAACUACAACAGCGCGGUGCUCGAGGACACGGCGAAAGAUUACGGCCUCGCGGCGCCCAUGGGUUCCAUAAUGGAGGACGGAUGGGUGGACGACGAGGACGGCCCGCCGGAGUGCAUGCACGCGAACAACAUCUGCGUCACGCACGUGGAGACGCUCAAGAAGAGCUUUACGUUUAACGAUUUCUUGGGGGCGGGGUACGAUUCUAACGAGUCGAGGGGCGCGAGCCCCGGGCCAGGCACCAGCCCGAGGCAGUCCCACGAAGAUCACGAGGACAACGAGUGA